CUGGCUUACACUACAAAACUGUUAAGUCGUCCUGACAAUUCUUAGCUCACUCGAGGUAUCAUGGUGCUGUAUCAAGUUUGAAAGUUUAAUAUCUUGCUUGUGAUGACUGUAAUUAUUACCAUAUGAUGUCGUGUGACCGUAAAGUAACCAGCCACUUAGUCUAUUCAUUAGUAGGCCAAAUGGAAUCGCCUUAUCCGUGACUUAAGACGUUUUGUUUUGCAGAUACAGGUGUUACCAGGUUGGCGGCAAGAUUUGUGAUUUGUGAGUUGUCUGUGAGGAAACAUUAAAAGGCUUAGGUAGAUUCUUUGUUUGAGGUGGUCUGUGGCUUAAAUGAUUAGUUGUAAUCAGCGCUUGGGCAGUAUAUCUAAUAUAUUUUUGUAUAUAAAAAGAAUAGCCUACUUCCAUAAUUUCCCCCCGAUUGCCCUAGGACGUGGGCGCCUUUCAAACAUCACUUCAGUCUGCAUUUUGUUUACUUCAGUGAUAUUUUAAAAAGCGAACUUCCCAUAACUUAAUAAUUUAUUGUUCAUGACCCAUUUUUAUCGUCGAAUUUACGCAACGUCCGUGGUCGAAAAAGUCAUUUGAGUCCAAGAUGAAGCACACCUCGAAUCCAUUCAGGGAAAGAUGAGAGAACUGUCCGUGACUUCCACCAUGGUGGAAAAAGGCCGAAGGACGGAGCCAAGCACUGGAAAUGUACGAGAUCCGGUUUGAAAUCGUCUUUCCGGCCCGUUUGCAUUUCGUCAUGGUCCUCGACCUUCGAAUGCAGAUUGCGUUGGUCACCAUUGCAACGAUAAUAACAAACACGGAGGCACAGGACGUAGGACAGCCCGAGGUGAAGAUGUACAGCCUGCAGAGAGGCCUGUGGACGAAUCCCGUGACCAAUGUCUUCGUGCGGUACGAUUUCCCCAAACCGGGGCAGUCGUACUCUAACCUCACCAUCUGUUAUCGGAUACGGAUUGAGCGUUUUUCCGAGUACGAUAUUCAUCUGUCCUACGCAAUAAACCAUCAAAAUGCCAACGAAAUCCUUUUUUAUAGCAUGGCCACGGAAAUGAACGUUUACCUCCACAACCUCAAGCAGACUUUGGAAGUAAGCGGACCGCUGGAGAUCUAUCCCGAGACGUGGAACCAUUUCUGCCACAGGCUCGGCCCAAAGGAACAAAAGAUCUACUGGCAGGGGAAGCUUUAUGGCAGCGCGCGAGUGUUUCCAACAACUGAUUAUCUCUUCAAUGGAACUCUCAUCAUUGGACAAGAGCAAGACAGUUUGGGCGGCACCUUUGCUUCGUCUCAGGUUCUACAGGGUGAUAUCGUUCAGCUGAGCAUUUGGGACAGACAUUUGACUCCCGAGGAAAUACAGGAUUUGGCGAACUGUAAGUCAGAGGGACGAGGAAACAUCUUCAGUUUGGAUACAGCUGCAGUUGACAAACUUGGAAAGGUCACGAUCACGUCAUUAAAAGUGGCUGACCUCUGCAAACAGCAGCCACAAUAUUUGGUUUUGCCAGAGAGAAGAACGGUAGCAGCAUCUCUUGUACAGUGUCAUCUCCUGAAUGCUACGAUGGUCGUCCCAGCAUCCAAGGACGAAAACUCAAGAAUUCGAUCUCUUUUGACACCGUUCAUGGACGCGUGCAGUAGCACUCCAUGGAAGAUUUGGUUAGGCAUUACCGAUGAAAUGCACGAGGGAGUCUGGAUUGAUCUCAAUGGAAAUGAUCCCGUGGAGUUUCAGAACUUUGUGUCCCCUUACCCUUACGGAGGUCAAGCUGACAACUGCGCAGCUCUCCUUCCCGAUGGGACUUGGGGAGAUGCGAAAUGUAGUUUAAAGAAGUGUAGUGCAUGUUACAUGCAGCCAUCAAACUACCUGCUGCUUCGAGGGCUAUGUUUUGACAAUGAACACGAGACUCGUUUCAGAAUGGAAGGGUACAUUGAAGGAAGACCCCUCUUCAGAGGAUAUUAUGAUUUAUUAAUUAUGUGGAAUCAAUCUCUUUCGCAGUGGUUGCUUAAGAACACCGUCAACACAACGAUAGCCUCCAUGUCUCCCUCGGAUUUGAAUGACUACCCUUUAGGCCAAAACGUCUGGUCAGUUAAAAGUUUGAUAUGUGGAAUGCAUGUGGGUGCUUUUAUCAACCUGAGCUUGUCACCUUGCAUGCCACAGCACUUCAUGUGUCGUUCAGGGGAAUGUGUUAAACAUCAGUACAGAUGUAACCUUCGUUUUGAAUGCGAUGAUGGCAGCGAUGAAGAUGACUGCGACGUGGUUCACCUUGAAUACGGUUACAGAAGCCAUCUCCCUCCCCCAGGAUUGGGUAACCGGCCUCUUCAGCUUGCACUGAAUUUCACUCUCGCUAGGUUUGCUGCCAUUGACAUCAAUAAGAUGUCUGUCUCGGUGGACUUUCAAGUAUCGAUCUCAUGGGAAGACAACAGGCUUAGCUUCAGCCACCUCGAAAGCACAAAAAACAAAGCCGUGCUGACCAGAGGGGAUGUCAGCAAGAUCUGGAUACCUCGUUAUCGUCUCCUGAACAUUGAAGGUGGCUUGGUUCAGCUGCUGGAACAAGAGGUACUGGUUAAUUCUGCGAUUAACCCUAGACUUCCUGAUUUCAAUGCUGUUAAGAUGGACAUGAUGUACCCAGGAGCUGAAAACAAACUCAUCUUAAUACAAGAGUACACAGCCAACUUUGCCUGUUCCCUCAAAUUUCUUUCAUUCCCUUUUGACGUUCAAGUGUGCAGCAUCUACUUGCGUCUCCCCUCAAGCUACGACGAUUUCGUCGACAUAUCAGACGAAGAUAGCCAAGCGUCGUUCACGGGGACGCAAGAACUCGCCCUGUUCAUGGUGGACAAUGUAAAGAAAGGGUCCAAGUGGGGGAAUGGUGAGGCGCACAUCCAGUUCGAAUUGCAAUGUCACGGGAGCAGCGUCGUUCUGUCUUUCUUCCUACCGUGUUUGAUGCUGUUGUUGGUGAGCUGGGGAUCUUUGUUCAUAAGUUGGGAUGCCUUUGUCUCCCGGGUGAUGCUGUCCUUUGGGACGCUUCCUUUGUUUUAUCUCCUUCGCUUGACGCUGAUAAGCGGCACGCCCGUGACGAUGGCUGUCAAGUUCCUAGACGUGUGGAUCCUGACCACUGUCAUCAUUCUGUUCAUGAACGUCCUUGUUCAUAUCUUCGUCCAAGAAAAUGAAGAGGAUGAAUUUUACAACAGGAAAAAGCCCUUGCUGAUGAGGCCUGCAGGCGGCGCUGUGGUGAUCGCACCUGAGUCCAGCAAAUCCUCACAGAUGAAACCUCUUCAUCUAUAUAGGAUGAUUAUCCUCCCAGUGACACUGGUGGCUUUCAACGUCAUUUUCUGGGCCUUGCUAUUUAUUCUGAGGUGAUAUUGUGUCGAGCCCGAGUUCACCUGUAAAGCACCUUCCAAUUUUAUAUAAUAAUAUAAAUGUUCGUUCUAAGGUUUGCAUGAUAUUCCCUGGCAAAUAUAGAAUAAAAAUGUUGUUACUGGAUUCAUUGCUAACUAGAGAUGGAUGAGCGACCAGGGAUUGGUACUAUCCAUUAUUAAUUAAGGCAAUUUGCAAUGGUUAAUAUUACUGUAUACAAAAAAUAUAUACUACCAUAAAAUAGGAUACGACUCUCAUAAAUCACGCCAGUAUACAGCAGUCAGGAACAGGACUUUUCCAUUGUGGUGACUGUCAAGAAGUAGGCAGAUUAUACCUUUUAGCUGACAAAACAUUGAAAGCGGCGCAUACCACACGAUUUAUGACAGACGACCUUUAACACAAGAAUCCUAAUGCUGCAAUUGUAACGUCAUUAUGAAGUAGUAGUACCUUCAGCGUGAAAACAUUAGGAUGUGAUUUGUCAGAUACUAAUGGAUCUGUUCAGUCAUAGAUAGUAAAAUAUAUAACCUAGGCCAAAGGGUAAGCGCUGGGACCUAUGAAGUCAUUCAGGGCUGAAAGGAAAAGUGACAGCACCGUUGGCAUUGGUUCGUGAUGUUCUGUUUUCAUCCUUCUUAAAAUGUCAUAUUACAAUAUGAUUUUUCAUCUUGAAUAACGUGAAUGAUCUUCCCAUUUCCCAGUAUUGCAUAUACUACAGUUAGAGUAAGUGGUAAGCAAUGGAAGAAAAGUAGUUAAGAAGCAAAUUUACCUAUCUUGAAAAUAUAUUAUUUUUCAUGUGAUUUAGGUGCUUACUUUUUAUUAGCUGGGAUUAUCGGAUAAUUUUAAAUUGAACGUGGUUAGAUAGUGGAUAUUCAAAUGUAGAGAGAGAGAGAAUUACGUUUAUUUUUGUUUGGGUCAUUUAGCAGUAUUAUAAGAUAAUAAUUGAUUUUAUGACAUCUUGUGAAUGUAUUUUGAGUUCUACAUACUUUUUCUUCGGUGAAACGAAUGGAAAUGAAAAUCCAUUAGCACAUGAGUAAAUGAUUCACUUAGGUACAUAUGAAAUAACUUGAGCGCUUCUUGUUGUUCAUAUGGCCUAUGAAUAAUAAAAAGUAAUGUCUUUUAUGUUCAUUUAAUGUGAGAAACAACUAUAGUCUUUCUAUAAUGGAUUCUAAGUUUACAGUUUCCGUCAUCCAGCCUGAACCCAGCCUCUUUCACAACUGUUCUUUUGUACGUGUGCAUACUGAAAAUAUCUUGGCCCAGGCUUCGGCUUCGCCCAUGUCUCACAAAUGUCGUGGCUUGCCGUCUCGACUCUUAAUUUACCGUUAUCUUUGAUCUCCGUAGGAGAGAUAGCGCACCUCAGCUGCUGUAUGCUUUACUUAACCAUCAUUGCAGCGUCCCUUCGGCCCCUUGCUGCUGCCCCUUUCAUUCCUUUUACUGUAGGCUACUGCGUUCAUGUACUUCCCUCUGACUUUCCACCAUCUCUAACAAUUUCAUUGCGCAACUGCAAGGCUUUCUUCCUGUUGUUUCUUUCAAACCUUACUGUCGUCACUUUUCCUUUCAGCCCUGAAUGACUUUAUAGGUCCCAGCGCUUACUCUUUGGCCUAGGAUAUAUAUUCUACUAUCUAUGACUGAAUGGGUCCAUUAGUAUCUGACAAACCACAUCCUAAUGUUCUCACACUGAAGGUACUUCAUAAAGGCGUUACAAUUGUAGCAUCAGCAUUCUUGUGUUAAAGGUUGUCUGUCGUAAAUCGGGUGGUAUGUUCCGCUUUCAAUAUUUUGCCUCCUUCUUGACAGUCACCGCAAUGGAAAAGUCCUGCUUCUGAGUGCUAGUUUCUCAUCGUUGGAACUGCAUAAACAAACCAGCAGCAAAGGCUUCAAGUAAUCACCAGAACGUUUUGUAAACGCUCUUUCCAUUUCAUCAAGUGGUAUACUAAGCGUUGAAGUUUUUUUCCAGAAUGUCAGAGUUCCACUCCAUUUCCAGGCACCACUCAAACUUCCUUGACAGGGUCUGCAGUAGUUAUUAGAGGUUAAGCCAAAGAAAUGUGCAUUAUUAUUAUUAGGGAAAUAUAACAAUGCUGUGAUAUGUCAAUAUCUUACAUGACGUACCUAUGGAAACAGUUAUUCUUUUGGCAUGAUGCUUAACUCAAGUUCCUGAAAACUGUUUAAUUACUUCGCUGUCACUUGCACUUUAUACGACACGUCACUGUAAUCAUUAAUAAGAAAUAUGACAAAGUUUUGUACAGGUGCCGGUCUGAAUUGCCAUGCAGUCACAAGGUUAAAAUGUGUGUUAUUAUCAGCCGAUCAAGAUUUUUGCCUACUUCAGAAACUUACAUUAGCGGUGAACUGAUAAAAUGCCCUUUUGGAAAUUUGUGAACCUUGAGGCCUUGUGAUCAGCUGUUAGGUCAACAGGAUAAAGCCAUUUUCUAUCUUUGGCAAAAUAUUCAGGAUGUUUCUGAAAGCUAUGAAGCUCGUCCACGCGGUCGAACUUUGCCAGACAGACUUUGUUCGAUGUGACGUCAGAACCUUAUAUCCGCAGUUUCUCCGCUUCUGACGUCACAUCGAACAAAGUCUGUCUGGCAAAGUUCGACCGUGUGGACGGGGCUUAAGGUAAGUUUGGUCAGCUCUGUACCGUCAUCCAGGUAUCUUAUUUCAUUUGACUAGCAUUUGUAGUCGAAAAACUUGAGUGCAAUUUACAAGCUGUACAGAACCUGAAGAUUACCCGUCCAAUUUAUUAUCGCAUCAUACAAAGUAAUGUUCACUACACUGUGGUGAUAACUAAGGCAUCUUGUAUGGGUACAUCAACCUUUGUAAAUAAAAGUGUCAAUAUGUAUUUGCUGCGUUAUGUAUAUUUUCCUACAGUCAAUACAAAUACUUUUUUUUUAAUGCAU